AGGUGUCCCAGUGAUCAUACAACUCUCAGUCAGUCCCUUGAACUUCUAUUGAUGCCCGUGGGACCAUUUCCAGCCACCUAUCAGGAGCUGCUAAUAGGAGCAGCUGGACUGCAAUGGUCAAUAGGGCUGCCAGCAUGUGGAGCUCACUGGGGCCUGUCUCAGUGUUUGUGAUGCUGGUUGUUACUGCUGUGCAUGCAGGAGUGAAGGUGACCCCAGCCGUGAAGUACACGAAGACAAAACCCUUACAGCUAGUGGGUGACAGUGCCUCUCAUCCCCCUCUCACCCCUCUCAUGGGGAAAAGCCCAUUCCCAGCAGCACCAGGCAGAGCCAAAUUACCCACCCCGAGCCCUGCAGCCCAAGGGGCCACCACGCUCUUCCCCUUUGAGAACUACACACUCGACACAGGUGAUUUCUUCUUCAACUGCUGUGACUGCUGCCCGCCUGCUGCAGGGCCCCGGGGGCAGCCAGGAGAACAGGGACCCCCAGGACCUAAGGGGGAAAAGGGAGAUGCUGGUCUGCAAGGUCUGCCGGGAACCCCAGGUCCACAAGGUCCAAAAGGUUCUAAAGGAGAAAGAGGAGGCAAAGGGGAUCAAGGCGAGCGAGGAGUAAGUGGAAACCCUGGUUAUCCAGGCAAACCUGGGCUGCAAGGUGAAGCUGGAGUAAAAGGCAAUAAGGGCAACUAUGGCUUCCCUGGCCUGAAGGGACAAAAGGGUUCCAAAGGGGACACUUGUGAGAAUGGGACAAAAGGAGACAAAGGAGAUAGGGGGGAUGCUGGAAACCCAGGAGUGGAUGGAGAACAGGGUGAUAAAGGUGAAAAGGGAGACACAGGGGAGAAGGGCUACUGCGGGGAGCCAGGGGGAAAAGGUGCAAAGGGAGAAAGAGGGGAAGGGGGCAUGAAGGGAGAAAAAGGGAGCAAAGGGGAGAUGGGGGUUGAAGGUAUUUCAGGGGCAGAUGGAAAACAAGGAGAAAAGGGUGAGCAAGGAAGUAAGGGUGAAAAAGGGGACCUUGGACCUGCUGGUGUGACAGGACCUUCUGGGCCCAAGGGGGUUGCUGGCAGCAAAGGGGGCCGAGGGGCUCCAGGAAAGAAAGGCUCCCGUGGGGCAAAGGGUGCCCGAGGGGACACUGCAAAGCUCCUGCGAUCAGCAUUCAGCGCUGGCAUGUCCAAGCCCUUCCCUCCACCCAAUGUCCCCAUUAGAUUUGACAAGAUCUUGUACAAUGACCAAGAAGAUUACAACCCUUCCACCGGGAGAUUCAACUGCAGUGUGCCUGGCACGUACGUCUUUGCCUACCACCUGACAGUGAGAGGGCGCCCAGCCCGAGUCAGCCUUGUCGCCCGCAGCAAAAAGGUGGCCAAAGCCCGUGAGACACUCUAUGGCCAGGAGAUUGACCAGGCAUCCUUCCUGACCAUCCUGAAGCUCAGCGCAGGCGACCAGGUGUGGCUGGAGGUUGCACGGGACUGGAACGGGAUCUACGUCAGUGCUGAGGAUGACAGUGUCUUUACAGGGUUUCUUCUGUAUCCAGAUGUUUUUGAGAAACUGCUAUAGAUUUAAAGGUCAAAGAUGUUACUGAGAAACAUGCUUUCCCCUCUGUUUGUGAGAGGAGAAAUGAGCUUCAGUUUAGCAUAUUGGUUUAGUUGGUAGGUUUUGUGAUCUUUCAACAGAAACAUUUAUAUUUGCAAUAUAUGGAUUAGUUUUAACUAGCAGCCCCAAGAAGUGGCACGUCCUUUGUGCAGGUGGAUGAUGGCUAAGAGAAACUGUUGUCCAAACACCAGCAGAACCAUCAUGGGGGGCAGAUCUCAGGUUUGUAAUUAGCCUAUUCAAAUUAUGUAAUGAAACUCAUUGUCCAACUGCAAUUUUAAUCAGUCCAGCUUCUGUAAUCCUUGCAUGGUCAAAACGCCUCUGGAAGUCAGUACUAAAAACCACUGGUUUUGGUAAAGAUUGAAGAGUUUGAUUUAUAGAGCUUAAUCAGAUGUGAAUAUAAGCAGUAGGUUUCUUGAAAUCACAUGAAAAGAUUUAAAGUUAUUUUAUCAUUGAAUUUGUAUUAUCUAGUGCUCUAGACUUUGUCAUGAGUUAUGUGAAGGUUUGCCUGAAAGAGUACUAGAGCUAUUUGAUCAGAGUAAAAAAACCUAAUUACUGUCCUUAGGCAAAGAUAUAGCUGAAACUUUCAAAAGUACCCAAGAUGCAUAAUCCACCUUAUUAGUCUACUCAGAACCCCCCCAUUUCCGAGCUGCUGCUGAUUCAGCCGUUACUGCAGAGUAGACGGGGAGGCAGGCAGGCUUUGGCACUCUCCCCAGGCCUAAGGCAUUGUGACAGCCCAGGGGAAGUGUGGGCACGUUUUAGAAAAGCUGGCUUGCCAAAAUGGAACUGAAUCUUGUGAAAUAAAAAUAUGACAUUAAAUAA